AUGCCCUCCCCAGAUAUUCCGCAGUCAAAGACACGGACCACCGCCCAAGGUCUCGCCAAAGCGAAACCAACGACAGUAACCCGCAACAACUCGACAAGUUCAGCCAAUUUGUUACGGUCAACGUCUGGUCCACUUCCUCUAAUCCACGAUCCAGGAUUUACGUCGACGCGCAAUGGAUCAACCCCGCUGUUGACAAUCAACACAACCAUUGAGCCCAAAGAAACAGAGCCCUCACCACGCUGGAACGGGCCACCUCCCCUCCUCGCAGUCCGCGAGAACAUGGUCCGAAACCGCAUGUCCUCGACAUCCAAUCGCUAUGACCCCUGGGCCUCACGUAAUCUCUCCCGCCAGUCCCUCCCGGAAAUUCCCCCGCUGAAUUCUCCGAUAUCACCACCACUCCCCGUCCCGGAGGAAAGGAGCGAAGAGUACCAACAAGCCAAGUCUAAGGAUCAAGAUGAUAUCCCCCUUUCCAAGCGCCGCACCCUGCUGCAGCGCCAGGUCAUGAAGUCACCGUCCAUAGCCAGCCUUCGCAGUCUUGAGGCUCAAUCCCCCGUGAUUUCUCAGCUUGCCCCCGCUGGCGAGCUCAACAGAUCUGCCUCGAGAAUGGCCGCAUGGCGACAAUCCGUCCGCGAGGAAAUCUCUCAGAAGCGGGAUCCUUUGGCUCUCCAGUCACCACCGCUCAGCCCAGCCAGCCCCGAUCGGUCGCGCAAUACAUGGGGCUCCGUGCAACAGAUGCGCGAGGCUUCGUCUACCCAGCUGGGUAACGCGAUUGCCGAAGGCAUGCAGCGUGGAGGCAUGUCCGACCUUCACCGUCAGGCGAUGCGGCAGCUUUUUUUCCUUGGCCGAUCUCCAUCUCCGACCUCGAAGCCUCCCCCUCUCCUUUCUCCCCUCAAAACGGCGUCGUUCACAGCCUACAGACCUCUUUCGAGGGAGGAAGAAGCAACUUGUAAUCCAGUACGCCGUCAAUAUUCCCUAACACGGCCAUCCGCCAAUCGCGCCCCCGUGGAGCCCACUCCGUCAUUCGUUCGCGCGCAGCGACGACAGUGCGUCCCGAUCUCUGGCCCGCCAUCGCUCCUCCGCCCUGCAGCAGUCCGGCUCGCAAACCCAGUCAACCACGUCCCACGAAUUACUCCAAUCACCCUACGCGCACAACAAUCUGACGAAAGCCUCCCACUCGCCUUCGGCCACUCGCGCGACGCUUACCCACUCCUCAGCGUCCCAGAGCGACGCCGCAGUCGCCUAACCCCGUCCCCGAGCAGCCUCCUCGUCGAGCGCAGCCAAGAGGAGACAGAAAGUGGGCGGACGAGCAUAGCUCUACCCCGACGACACCGUCGCAGCGAACAAUUCUCGCCGACGGAAAUGGCCGCCGCCUUUGCGGGCAGCGCUGCACGGGAAACCGAGAACCUGCGCCCCCCCGCUGCAGUGCAUAUCUCACAAGAUGGGACUCGACAAAAUGACCGGCCUCGUCACGCCCAGUCGCAGACUUCUCCGCUCUCUCAGUCCCAGAUCGCUUCCAUCCCUUCGCACACCGGCCAGGCGCCUGCCGAUGUCGCAGAGGAACUGGCUUGGGGCCCCGCUCACCCCUGUUUUCCUCAUGUGAAUCCGCAUGUGCCCAUUGGGUCGCGGGAGCACAUGACCACGCGUGUGAUUCGUAUUCGGCGUGACUGGAUGAUCAAGGGCGAUCUGGCGCCGACGUUUUCGAAUCUGUAUCCCGAGAUCCUGGACCCGUUGUUGUCGGAGCAUGAAUUCCGACGGGUGAUUUCCACCGUCAAUGAUGGUAUCAUCAAGGCAUUUGAUCCGUUCAGUUUCCGUAAUUGGUUCGAUAGUGCGGUGGGACUGUUGACUGGUUGGGUAUGGGAUGAUCUCAAUGCUCCUGCGGUGAAGAGCCACCUACAGCAAGUCGAGGCCUGGUUGGAGAACUGGAACCGUGAGGUCGGGGCCAAGGAUGGUGUGCAUAUCUGGAGUCUGAGACGAACUGCAUACAUGUCGCUCGAUAUCCAGAUCCCCGACCCGAAGGUUGGAAUUAUACCCAGCGAGGCACCUUCAGUCACCAAUACUAGGCCCAGUACUGGUACUGGUAUUGGUGCUGGGGGUUGA